AUGUCUCCAGUAGAUUUUAAAGAUAAAGUUGUCAUCAUCACCGGUGCAGGUGGUGGUUUAGGUAAAUACUAUUCCCUUGAAUUUGCAAAAUUAGGCGCCAAAGUCGUUGUCAAUGAUUUGGGUGGUGCAUUGAACGGUCAAGGUGGAAACUCAAAGGCCGCCGAUGUUGUUGUUGAUGAAAUUGUUAAAAACGGAGGUGUUGCAGUUGCUGAUUACAAUAACGUUUUAGAUGGUGAUAAAAUUGUCGAAACUGCAGUUAAGAAUUUCGGUACCGUUCAUAUUGUUAUUAAUAAUGCUGGUAUCUUGAGAGAUGCAUCUAUUAAAAAAAUGACUGAAAAAGAUUUCAAAUUGGUCAUUGAUGUUCAUUUAAAUGGUGCUUAUGCCGUCACCAAAGCUGCUUGGCCAUAUUUCCAAAAACAAAAAUAUGGUAGAAUUGUCAAUACAUCUUCUCCAGCUGGUUUAUAUGGUAACUUUGGUCAAACUAACUAUUCUUCUGCUAAAUCUGCUUUAUUGGGUUUUGCUGAAACUUUGGCCAAAGAAGGUGCCAAAUAUAACAUUAAAGCCAAUGCCAUUGCUCCUUUGGCUAGAUCAAGAAUGACUGAAUCUAUCUUGCCUCCACCAAUUUUAGAAAAAUUGGGUCCUGAAAAAGUUGCUCCAUUGGUCUUGUACUUAUCCUCAGCAGAAAAUGAAUUGACUGGUCAAUUCUUUGAAGUUGCUGCUGGUUUUUAUGCUCAAAUUAGAUGGGAAAGAUCUGGUGGUAUCUUGGUUAAACCAGACCAAUCUUUUACUGCUGAAGUUGUUGCCAAGAGAUUCUCUGAAAUCCUUAACUUUGAUGAUUCCAAUAAACCAGAAUAUUUAAAGAACCAAUAUCCAUUUAUGUUGAAUGAUUAUCCUACUUUGACCAAAGAAGCCAGAAAGUUGCCAGCUAAUGAUGCCUCUGGUGCUCCAAAAGUUUCUUUGAAAGAUAAAGUUGUUUUAAUUACCGGUGCUGGUGCUGGUUUAGGUAAAGAAUACGCCAAAUGGUUUGCCAAGUAUGGUGCCAAGGUUGUUGUUAAUGAUUUCAAGGAUGCCACCAAAACUGUUGAUGAAAUCAAAGCUGCUGGCGGUGAAGCUUGGCCAGAUCAACAUGAUGUUGCCAAAGAUUCCGAAGCUAUUAUCAAGAAUGUCAUUGAUAAAUAUGGUACUAUUGAUAUCUUGGUUAACAAUGCUGGUAUCUUGAGAGAUAAAUCCUUUGCCAAGAUGUCUCAACAAGAAUGGGACCAAGUUCAACAAGUUCAUUUGAUUGGUACUUUUAAUUUAUGUAGAUUAGCCUGGCCAUAUUUUGCCGAAAAACAAUUUGGUAGAAUUAUUAAUAUUACUUCCACCAGUGGUAUUUAUGGUAACUUUGGUCAAGCCAAUUAUUCUUCUGCUAAAGCUGGUAUCUUGGGUUUGUCUAAAACUUUGGCUGUUGAAGGUGCUAGAAACAAUAUCAAGGUUAAUAUUGUUGCUCCACAUGCUGAAACUGCCAUGACUUUGACUAUUUUCAGAGAAGAAGACAAGAACUUGUACCAUGCUGAUCAAGUUGCUCCAUUAUUGGUUUACUUGGGUACUGAAGAAGUUCCAGUUACUGGUGAAACUUUCGAAAUUGGUGGUGGUUGGAUCGGUAACACCAGAUGGCAAAGAGCUAAAGGUGCUGUUUCUCAUGAUGAAUACACUUCUGUUGAAUUCAUUAGAGAUAACUUGAAGGAUAUUGUUGAUUUCACUACCGACACUGAAAAUCCAAAAUCUACCACUGAAUCUUCUAUGGCUAUUUUGUCGGCUGUUGGUGGUGACGAUGAUGAUGAUGAUGAUGAAGAUGAAGAAGAACAAGAUGAAGGUGAUGAAGAAGAAGAUGAAGAAGACGAUGAAGAAGAUGAUCCAGUUUGGAAAUUCAAUGACAGAGAUGUUAUCUUGUACAAUAUUGCUCUUGGUGCCACCACUAAACAAUUGCAAUAUGUUUAUGAAAAUGAUUCUGAUUUCCAAGUUAUUCCAACUUUUGGACAUUUGAUUACUUUUAAUUCUGGAAAAUCACAAAAUUCAUUUGCUAAAUUGUUGCGUAAUUUCAACCCAAUGUUGUUGUUGCAUGGUGAACAUUAUUUGAAGGUUCAUAGUUGGCCACCACCAACUGAAGGUGAAAUUAAGACUACUUUUGAACCAAUUGCUACUACUCCAAAGGGUAAAAAUGUUGUUAUUGUUCAUGGAUCCAAGUCUGUUGAUAACAAUUCUGGUGAAUUGAUUUAUUCUAAUGAAGCCACAUAUUUCAUUAGAGAUUGUCAAGCUGAUAACAAGGUUUAUUCUGAUCGUCCAGCAUUUGCCACUAACCAAUUCUUGGCACCAAAGAGAGCUCCAGAUUAUCAAGUUGAUGUUCCAGUUAGUGAAGAUUUGGCUGCUUUGUACCGUUUGUCUGGUGAUAGAAACCCAUUACAUAUUGAUCCUAAUUUCGCUAAAGGUGCUAAAUUCCCUAAACCAAUUUUACAUGGUAUGUGUACUUAUGGUUUAAGUGCUAAAGCAUUGAUUGAUAAAUUUGGUAUGUUUGAUGAAAUUAAAGCUAGAUUUACUGGUAUUGUUUUCCCAGGUGAAACAUUGAGAGUUUUGGCCUGGAAAGAAAGUGAUGAUACUGUUGUUUUCCAAACUCAUGUUGUUGAUAGAGGUACUAUUGCCAUUAACAAUGCUGCUAUUAAAUUAGUUGGUGAUAAAGCUAAGAUUUAA